AUGGAUACAACUUGGAUUCUGUUUGUGACACCAAUUUUCUUGUGCACUUUGUUCCUCUACUGCAGAAACAGGCUUAGUCUUAAGCUCAAAUCAAAACACAGAAAUCAGCUUCCACUAGGCACUCUUGGAUGGCCUUUUAUUGGUGAAACCAUUGAGUUUGUUUCUUGUGCUUAUACCGAUCGCCCCGAAAGCUUCAUGAACAAGCGACGCGCCAUGUAUGGUAAGGUGUUUAAGUCACACAUAUUUGGAAGUCCUACCAUUAUUUCAACAGAUGCAGAUGUGAACAAGUUUAUACUACAAAGUGAUGCAAAGGUUUUUGUUCCUUCAUAUCCUAAGUCAUUGAUGGAGUUAAUGGGAGAGUCUUCUAUUUUGCUCAUCAAUGGAACCUUACAAAGGAGAAUACAUGGACUAAUUGGAGCUUUCUUCAAGUCUCAACAGUUAAAGAUUCAGAUUACAACAGAUAUGGAGAAAUAUGUUCAAGAAUCAAUGGCAAAUUGGAAACAGGACCAACCUAUAUACAUACAAGAUGAAACAAAAAAGAUUGCUUUUUAUGUACUAGUGAAGGCAUUGAUUAGUUUGGAUCCAGGUGAAGAAAUGGAGAGUCUGCAAAAACAUUUUCAGGAAUUUAUCUCCGGCCUCAUGUCUUUGCCAAUAAACCUACCGGGAACAAAACUUUAUCAAUCUUUACAAGCAAAAAAGAAAAUGGCGAAAUUAGUGAGAAAAACUAUCCAAACUAGAAGAAAUGAAGGAAUCAUUGAAGUUCCAAAAGAUGUAGUGGAUGUGCUUCUGAAUGAUACAAGUGAGAAAUUGACAGAUGAUUUAAUAGCAGAUAAUAUUAUCGAUAUGAUGAUUCCUGGAGAGGACUCAGUUCCAGUUCUUAUGACUCUAGCUACUAAAUACCUUUCAGAAUGCCCGGCUGCUUUGCAACAAUUGACGGAGGAAAAUAUAAAGCUCAAGAAACUCAAAGAUCAGCUUGCGGAGCCAUUGUGUUGGAGUGAUUACUUAUCAUUGCCAUUUACUCAAAAAGUUAUAACAGAAACUUUGAGGAUGGGAAAUAUUAUAAAUGGUGUUAUGAGAAAGGCCUUAAAAGAUGUUGAAAUAAAAGGGUAUUUAAUACCACAAGGGUGGUGUGUGUUUGCAAAUUUUAGAUCAGUUCAUCUAGAUGAGAAAAACUAUGAGUGUCCAUAUCAAUUCAAUCCAUGGAGGUGGCAGGAUAAGGAAAUGAACAGUCACAAUUUCAGUCCUUUUGGAGGGGGACAAAGGCUGUGUCCUGGUAUUGAUUUGGCCAGGCUAGAAGCUUCCAUCUUUCUACAUCACCUUGUUACUCAAUUCAAAUGGUAUGCUGAAGAAGAUACAAUAGUGAACUUCCCAACAGUAAGAAUGAAAAGAAGGAUGCCUAUCUUAGUAAAAAGAGUGGAAAUUUAA